AUGGAGGCAAGAACGAGACUUGGACUUGGAGGCCAAGCUGAGCUUCUUACUCAUGCUGUGGGUUCUGGGGAUUUGAAGGCCGCGGCCAACAAGAGGAGUAAUUUGGAUUAUGAUUACCAGCACUCGUAUCACAUCUCCUCCGGCAAUAGCACUUGUUGCUUUGAUCUUGCUUUUGAUUGUCUUGUCGAGUUUGCUUAUCUUGCUGAGCUUGAGGUGUCCCACUAUAUCCGUCCCAGCAUUGGCAGAUUCAUCAAGUACCUGAGGAUAAAUGUAAGACUAUUGAAAACCCUUUUCCUGCAUGUCAAUAAGUGUUGGAAGAGGAACCAUGAAGCGCUUUCAGAGCAUGAUCAAGAGGACAAGGGUAAUAUUACAUCUGAAAGUUUGAGAUGUAGUAGCAUUUGCUUCAGAAUUCAAGAUGUGAUAAUCAAGAUGAUUCAUGAUCUUCAGUCUGCUUAUCUUCUAUACAAACAUUCUGGUGAGUCAGAUCUUGACAUCCUACAUAGUGCGCUAACCAGAUCCCUAGAAAACAUCCUAUUGUUUCUUGAGACAGAUAUCAAGAAAUCAUGCUCCAUCAUCUUCUUCAACUAUUACUCACCGGAAGAUCCACGACUAGCUAUGGAUCUUAUUCAGUCCCUUUUAGAGACUUUGGAGUGUCAGUUAUUUGGACGUCACAUGGAACCCAUUAGACGGAAGCUAAUGCCCUUAAGGAAUCUCAUUGGCUUUGCUAUAGUGCGACGUGUUGAGCGUGAGCAAUUGAUAGAUCUCUUGAAUCACGUUGCAGUUGUGGCUGCACACCUGAUUUCUGUAUGUCAGUUUGACAGCGAUAGACUGACUGCAACUUCUGUACGUGUUGAUACAAUCAAUCAAAUGGCCUUUGAAAUACAUCAGAUGAUACACAAGAAGAUAAAUCCCCUUGAUCCCCAAGCCCGAGAAAUUUAUAUCCAUGUCCUGGCAGCCUCAAAGAAACAAUCAAGAUCAUUAAACGCUUUAGUCCUUGAGGAGAAUGAGCAUUCAGUGGUUGUCGAGUUUGUUAAUUCUCUCCUGGAUUAUCUUAUGGUUAUACUAGGAUCUUAUGCUAGCUUUCAGGUUCUAGUGAAGGGUCAAAUGCAAAAACUCUACCAGGGAAUAAAGUAUCUGAGUAUCCUUCUUAAACGGGAGGAGACACUAGGUGAUAAAAUAAAGGAUCUUAUUGGAGUUGUAGUCUGUGAUGCAGGAAUUUUGAUCUUCUCCCUUUCUGUCAAUGAAAUCAAAGAAGGGUUGCCCAAGAACACAAAAAUUGGGCUGUUUCAUUUGCACAGAGUUCUCAAGUAUUUGAUGGCAGAGGUUGCACACAAUUAUCCACUAACAUCACCAUGUUCAUCACUUAAUUAUCCUAGAUGCAAUGAGUUGGGCUGUAUGGAUUUUUUCCUAGAAAAUCUCAAGGAGCUAGGAAAGAGUAAUGAGGCUGAUGAUUCAAAUGUUUUCCUAUUGGAUAGAUUCCAAAUGGUCCUGGAAGAUCUCAUAUUCUUGAGAUCUUUCCUGGAGAAUAUCAAGGAUCAGCGCUAUCAUAAUGGAAAACUUCAAGCUUUCUGGAGUCAUAUUAAGGCCCGGGAGAUUCAAAAUGGUCAAACCCAGAGAGUUAACAAGACUUCCAUUCAGAUACCAACACAACUUACUGCCGCGACACACAAUGAAGAUCUGGUGGACCUUGAUGAUGCGGUGGAAACUAUCACUCAUCGACUUACGAGAGGAUCAAAGCAGUUGGAUGUUGUUCCCAUCGUGGGAAUGCCUGGGCUAGGCAAGACCACAUUAGCCACUAAAGUUUAUACUGCUCCUUCAGUUAGGUCACAUUUCCAUGUUUGUGGCUGGUGUGUUGUUUCUCAAACAUAUAGCACUCGCAUAUUAUUAGUUCAGCUUUUGUGUAGUAUUUUUUCAAAGAGCCCUGAUGAAUUUCUUAAGAUGGGUGAAAAUGCUUUAACUCUGCAGCUAAAGCAAGUUUUACUGAGAACUAGGUAUCUCCUUGUUUUGGACGACUUGUGGGACGUUGAGGCAUGGAAUUUGUUGGAAAAAUUGUUGCCGAAUGAUGUCAAUGGAAGCAGGAUUCUCUUCACCAGCAGAUUUCAGAACUUGUCUCUACAAUCCAAACCUGAUAUCAAACCUUACCAUCUCCGCCAACUUACUGCUGAAGAGAGUUGGGCAUUGCUGCAGAAAAAGUUAUUUGACAAAGAAAGUUGUCCUCCAACACUAAGUGAAGUUGGAUCUCAAAUAGCAAAAUCUUGUAGAGGCUUACCCCUCACAAUUGUCCUUGCUGCUGGAAUUCUUGCUAAUACUGCACAAGAUUGUUGGGAAGAUGUUGCAAAAUGUCUGAGUUCUAGUGUCCUUGACAAUGAAUACUGCAUGAAGACACUUGAGUUGAGUUAUGGCCAUUUACCAGAUUAUUUGAAGCCAUGCCUUCUAUACUUUGGUUCAUUUAAAGAAGAUGAGGUUAUUAAUGUUCGAAGGUUGUUAUGGCGUUGGAUCUCUGAAGGAUUUGUGCAGCAGACUGAAGGAAAGAGUUUAGAAGAAGUGGCUUACGACCACUUGAUGUCUCUAAUUAAUAGAAGUUUAGUUCUGGUUUCCAGACAAAGAACUAGGGGUGGUGUUCAAGCUUGCCAAAUUCAUGAUUUGGUACACGAGUUUUGUGUGGAAAAAGCCAACGAAGAAAGUUUUCUGCAUAUCAUUGAUAGUCAGAAAGACCCUUUUAGUCUUACUGGACCAAGCAACCACCACCGAGUUUAUGUUCACAAUACCAGGGAAUUGAAGAUUUGGGAGUUAAUGCUAAUUUUUCCCAAUUUGCGCUCUUUGCUCUUGUUUGGAGAUAAUUAUUGGGAACCAAAAGAGGAGGAUUUGGGGAUUUUGUUGCCUAAACUUCUUAGAGUGCUGGAUUUGGGGGAUUUGAAAUUUUAUGAAUCAUUUCCGAUGGAAGUUUUAUUGCUUGUUCGCUUGAGACAUCUGGCGCUUUGUAAAACAAGAUCCAUCCCAUCUGCCAUAGACAACCUCUCAAGGUUAGAAACUCUUACCGUAAAUGGGCCGUAUCUUGAGAUUGUGCUGCCGGAUACUAUAUGGAACAUUAAGACCUUGAGUAAUCUAAGUAUUGAGCCACAUGGGACUAAAAAUUAUACUCAUGGUUUUAUUUUUCGAGUUGGAAAUCUUGAAGUAUACCCAGAUUUAGAUCAUUUAAAUACUUUAAACCUUGCAAUUGAUUCCUCUUCUAAAAGCUUGCAAAAGCUACUGACAAAGUUACCAAGCAUCCGCAGGCUAAAAUGUGCAGGACGGUUAAACCCAUGUAAAGCUACCAAAAAUUGCGAUGAGAUUCUUCAGUUUGACUGUUUGAGUCAACUAGAAUCACUACGUUUGAUUCGUCUUAGGGGAUAUGGAUUUAAAUUCCCGCUGAAUUUGAAGAAGUUGGUGCUCUCAUGGAUGAGUCAACCAUGGACUGAAAUUUCAAAAAUUGGAAAGCUGCCCAAUCUUGAAGUGCUUAAAUUACUCAAUUACUCCUUUGAUGGGGAAGAAUGGGUAGUGAAAGGGAGUUCCCUAACCUCCGAGUCUUGGAAUUGCUAA